UGAAAGAAGGCGAUCCCACUACGACCUCACCAUGGACUGGAAGACGUUCGAGGCGCUGCUUAGCGGGGUCAAUAAAUACUCUACCGCGUUUGGACGUAUCUGGCUCGCGGUAGUCUUCGUGUUUCGCGUCAUGGUCUUUGUCGUGGCCGCGGAACGCGUCUUUAGUGAGGACCAGAAAGACUUUGACUGCAACACCCGCCAACCCGGCUGCGCCAACGCCUGUUACGACCACUUCUUUCCUGUCUCCCACACCAGGAUCUGGGCGCUCCAGCUCAUCUUCGUCACCUGUCCCACCUUCAUGGUCGUGAUGCACGUGGCAUACCGCGAGGAACGCGAACGCAAGUACCGCAUCGCGCACGGCGAAAACGCCCGUCUCUACGACAACACAGGACAGAAGCACGGAGGACUCUGGUGGACGUAUCUCCUCAGCCUCUUCUUCAAGACGGCCAUCGAGGUGGCGUUCCUUUACCUCCUGCAUCUCAUCUACAACAACUUUGACCUGCCGCGACGCGUCAUGUGCGACCUCUGGCCUUGUCCUAACCAGGUGGAUUGCUACAUCGGCCGGCCCACAGAGAAGAGGGUGUUUACCUACUUCAUGGUAGGGGCGUCGGCUGUGUGCAUAGUGCUCAACGUGUGCGAGAUCUUUUACCUGAUAGCCAUCCGGGUGCUGAGGAUCAGUCAUCGGGGAAGCCUCCAUACCUCCCCCAACAUUAGGUGCUCUGAGCUGGACUGUGAUGGGUGUCAGACAGCAGAGUACCACGAGUGCAACGAGGCCAACUUAGCCAUGGAGAAGAAAAGUACAUCUAUAUUUUGAGUCAGACAUGAAACUUUUUACAAUUUAACUUUUAUUAGAUGACAAAUCUUUAUUGACUAAAUGUUGUUAACCAAAACCUGAGUUUUAUCAAUACAUUUAUUUUUUUUAAAUGUAAUUUUUAUGGCC